AUGCAAUCUCCUACAGAAAUUCUCACAUGUACCAUCAUUUGGCAGCAGAGAUUGAACAUCAUCACCAUUAUUGUCCUCUUCUUCCUGCGUCUGGCCAUUUUCUCCAUUUCCUAUGAGAAGACACGUACCAUCAUUUGGCAGCAGAGAUUGAACAUCAUCACCAUUAUUGUCCUCCUCUUCCUGCUUCUGGCCAUUUUCUCCAUUUCCUAUGAGAAGACACGUACCAUCAUUUGGCAGCAGAGAUUGAACAUCAUCACCAUUAUUGUCCUCCUCUUCCUGCUUCUGGCCAUUUUCUCCAUUUCCUAUGAGAAGACACGUACCAUCAUUUGGCAGCAGAGAUUGAACAACAUCACCAUUAUUGUCCUCCUCUUCCUGCUUCUGGCCAUUUUCUCCAUUUCCUAUGAGAAGACACGCACCGUCUGGCUGUUGGGAUGGAACUUCAUCAUUUUGGGAUGUGUCGAAUUCCUCUUCCCUCUGGCAGUCUUCUCCUUCUGCUUAGAGAAAGUGAUGUUUUCAGCCUUUGGAGGGGAAGCUGCAGUUUUCCAGAUGCAUACUGCUCAAUACAUUCCUUCCACUUUUGCUGUGUCCAGAGUCUCUCCUGUUUUAAUGACGAAGACCGAAAGUGAUGAAGCUCAGGUCCCUCCUGUUUACUACUGUCAUCGUCUGGACCAUCAUGGAAGUUCAUGCCUGCUGCAUCCAAAGACCACCAGAUAUCCUUUCCCGGAAGAAGAAAAUCGGGAAUUCUUUGUAAAUGACUCUGCACCAACAAAGGGAAUUUUUUCAACAAAGUUGAAGGUAGUAAAGUGCGUUUUUGAGGUGGGAGUAAUUUGGCCUGUUUGCUGAUUGCAGACUGUUGUUUCAUAAUUGUUUGUGUAGGGUCAACGUGAGAGGUUUGGAAUUGAAUUCUCAGCAUUGCAUUAUCUACAACAAAUUUGGGUUGUCUGUUGGUUGUAUUCUCAGAAAUCCUUCGAAGAGUUCCAAAAGAACGUUCUUCCUGUUCUGGCACAAUUGACUUCAGACAAAAGAGCCUGGCUGUUUCAGGGACAUGUACUGUUAUACUAUGGAAAUGAUUUCCAUAGAACUUUCUAGAUGUCAGCUUUAGUGGAUUCCCUAUGACUGUUUUGCAGUGUACGCCAAAUAAAAAGCAUUGGUUGUACAGACGAAGAAGUUGCUUUGGAGACCGCAUGGCAUAGUCUGAAUAGCAUAUAGUGACAAUAUCCACAAGAGAGUUUACCAGAUCUGGUAUGUUUUGGUCAAGUUUUCCUUCUUCAAAUUUCUGAUCAGUAAAUUUUGCCAGUUUUACAGCAUAAAGUCGAGCAUCUGACCCUUUUAUCUGGUUUUUAUUUCCAAUAGUAGUCUCACUGAAGGAGAGGAACUCCUGUUUGGUAUUUUCGCCCACAUGAUGGGGAAGUUCUUCAAUGAGAUUUCGGAUGACAUUCGUGAGGUCAUGCAGAGGCUCACACGAGAGUACUUCACAUUUAUCAAUGUUCAAGUCGGCCAUGGUUUUAACUGGAUUAAGGCAACAUAGUGCAGGUGGUCUUGCUACACCAUGUAAGGUUUCGAAAAGUUUUUCUUGAACUGUGCUCUUUCUUUCGUCAUUUAACCAUAUUCCUCUGCUCUCCAAUUCUGUAAUAAUUUCCUCUUUCUUAAGACCCUGAAAUGGACUUACUACACCUGCUGUUAAUCUUUCCCAAGCUUCUCCAGCAACCACGUGUUUUCUUCUUUCUUCAAGUGUUAACGGCUCAAUGUUGUAGCAUGUGAUGAAACUGUUGUGGUCGCUGGUUGGAACUCCGCAUAGGCAACUGAACUUCCCUCCCCUUUGUUGGCCACUCUCGAACUGGCGAGCUGGAUUAUCACCAGUGAAAACUCGAAGAAUAGGGUUGAUGUUGUUUACACCAUUUGAAAGGUUUUCUAGAUCUUCUAGUCUGGUUUUUGUAUAAGUAAGCUGCUCUUUGUCACUGCUC